CGGAAGCGGGAGCGGGAGCGUACCCCGGUAACUCAUAUCUGAGAGUGAUGACUUUUUGGACAACCCCGUCGUGGCACUCGGUAAUGAAACAAUUGAUAGCACAUAGUCAACUUUCUGGGCUGACGAGGAGACGGAAGCAAUAGGAUCAUCAUCAAGAAAUAUUAGGGUCGUCACAAGUGAUGCUAAGAUUCAGUUGUUGAUUGAAUUCCAAUGAGAGGAAUAUUAUCGGGCAUUUGUACAGCCCUAUGCUAAUUUUAUUAUUUUUUAUUCUUGUUGGAAUAAUUUGAAGGAGUUAGGCAAUGAGGUUAGCGGUUAAGAAAAAUGUUGGUGAAUUUCAACUUGACGGAAGAAUAAGCCCCGUUGAAUCUGGCAAGUGUUUUUGACUGGGUCGGCCAUCCGGUCGUCGAGCAAUGGCUCGUCGAGAAAGAUGAGAUCCAUUUUAGUACAACAUCUUGUCAGUACAUCAAUAACUUAAUCAAUUCUAAAUACGCAAUCCUAAAGAUAUUGACGGAGAUAAUCCGAAUAAUACUGAUAAUCGCGGUCGCCGUCGUCGUCGUCUCCGUUGAGCCGAGGAUGGCGACGACGCCGGAUUCGUCGCAUCCUAUGGACACGACGACUCCGUUGGCGAAGUUAAUUAACACAUUCGAGAAUACAGUCAACAAAACAACAACAACAACAACAGCAACAACAAGUACUACUACUACUGCUACUACUACUACUACUACUACUAAUGGGACGUUAUUGUGGCCUGAGAUGCCUGUUGCCCUCUCAAAGGGAUGUUUUCUCGGUUUCAUCAUAAUUGCCGCUGUAUUUGGUAAUUUAUUGGUGAUAGUGUCAGUGAUGAGACACCGAAAAUUACGUAUCAUAACAAAUUACUUUGUUGUAUCACUAGCAUUUGCUGAUAUGCUAGUAGCAAUGUUCGCAAUGACAUUCAAUCUGAGUGUACAAGUGACUGGGCGUUGGUUGUUCGGUUUGUUUAUGUGUGAUGUAUGGAACUCUUUAGACGUUUAUUUCAGUACAAGUUCUAUACUACAUCUCAUGUGUAUAUCAGUCGAUCGGUAUGUGGCCAUUGUGAAGCCAUUAAAGUACAGGACAUAUAUGACUAAGAGAGUCGUCGCUUAUAUGCUGAUGGCUUGCUGGCUUGCCCCUGCAGUGAUAUCCUUUUUACCCAUUUUCAACGGUUGGUAUACAACAUCAGACAACAACAAACAUCGUCAAAAUCAUCCCGAUAUUUGUGAAUUCAAAGUUAAUGAACCCUAUGCUAUAUUAUCAUCGAGUAUAUCAUUUUGGAUACCAUGUUCAAUUAUGGCAUUAACUUAUUAUGCGAUAUUCAAAGAGGCCAAUAGGCAGGAGAAACAAAUGCACAGUAGAAUGGGCAAUGCUAUGUUGUUAAGUCACAGGCCAAGUAGAGAUUUGAAUAAUUUGAAUGGUGAAUUAAAUAGCGGCGGUUCAUCCAAAACACUAACAUUAAACGAAGUCAACAUAGAUCAUCUGCAUACACCAACAAAGGACAAAAAUCUUAUCAAGAUGAAGAGAGAGCACAAAGCAGCUAGAACACUGGGUAUUAUAAUGGGCACUUUUAUUGUGUGCUGGCUACCAUUUUUCCUUUGGUAUGUUACCACAAGUCUCUGUGGUCAAUACUGUAAUUGUCCAGAUAUCGUGGUUCACAUUGUAUUUUGGAUUGGCUAUACGAAUUCCGCCCUAAAUCCCCUAAUCUACGCCUACUUCAAUCGCGACUUCCGGGAGGCCUUCAAGAAUACACUUCAGUGUGCUUUUUGUUCACUCUGCAGAAGAGAGCCAUUAGAUCUCGAGGCAUUGGACAUACGUCGACCAUCACUGAGGUACGACGAUCGAACGAAGAGCAUGUACUCGGAGACCUACAUCAAGCACAACGAUCGAAGAGGAUCGAGCGAAUACGGCAGUAGUCUUUGAGACGAACUCAAAUUUAGAUUUUAAGACAGUUAACUACAAAAUUAUAAUUUUAAUGGACAACAUUAAGCAACUCUCAAUUUGUUCCACUCACUAUUCUCGUUAAUAUUUAUUAUGAGGAAGAAACAUAAUGAGAAUUGAUUAAUUAUAAUGCAAAUAUUAUAAUGCAUAUUUAUUUCUGAAGAAAAAAAGGCCUGAGGGAAGUUAUAUCCUUUUUAUAUCACUUCUCGAAUAUAUGGUUUUCUGAUGGUUAUUCUUAUCGAUGUUUGAAUUUGUACCUACGAAUCCUAUAAGAUGCAUUGUAGAAAAUAUGACGUCGGAAAUUAAUACAUCUGGUGCGAAUAACCUCUACCAUAUGAAUGAUAGCAUGGUCUAAUGGUAGUUUAAAAUUUGCUUUUUAUUAGUUCAAUUUUCAUAAAUUUCUCUGGAAAUAUCAAUCUCAGGCCAAAGAAAAAAAAAUGUACAUACUCCCCAUACUUUCCAUGAAGUUCUCCACAAAAAAUGUCUUGGUCAGUUUUUCGAUUGAAAUCCCUAGUUGAGAAAUAAUCCAUUGAAUGAAGUAUGUCUGGUUCAUGCAGAUUACAUUUUCAAAGUGAAAAAAUCAUCACUAGAAUUCCCAAUUUUAUGGAAAUGAAAAUGAAAAUCUUCUCCUCCCUCUUUCCAAUAGCUGGAAAAAUGAUUCACAGGCAAUUUCGGAACAGAAAAUUUUCCUAAAUUAAGAGAAUUUAUAUAAAAUAUAUCUGAGUAUAUUUCACGCUUCAACGACGAAUGAAAUUCUCAAUAAGGAUAUAUAUAAAGCUCCGAAAAAAAUUGAGUUUGCUAGAAAAAAAAAAAAAUCGCCAAGACCGGGCUGUAAUUUAUUUUUUGAAAACUUGGGAAAUUAUGAAAAGUUGUAACGCACGCACGAUUACACAUAGAUAAAUAUUCAAGAAAAAUUACGGAACAUUUCAUGUAAUCUGCAAGCAAAGAAAUCAUCAUCACAUAAAUAACCAUCACGGUAGAGUCAAGAAAAACCGUGAGGAGAGGAUUUUUGCAGAACGUUUCGCAAAAAUUCUUCAGCAUCCAAGGAGUUAAAGUUUCGUUCGAUUCCAAAACUUGCAGAAAAAUUGCGUGACUUUUUCGAAUUUUUUCGGUGAUAGAACCCGAAAAUUUAUUGGAAGUUACACAUUUUUCAUUUCACUGAAAACGAUUCUCGAUGGCGGAUUACGUGAAAUACUGCGCAAUUUUUGUUGAAUAUUUAUCUCCGCGGGCGUAUACAAAAUAUGGAAAGAUUCAAGAAAAAUUGAGUUAAUAGAUUUAUAAUUUUUCAUGUGAUUUGGAAAAAAUCACCAAAUCCGAGUCACAUUAAAAAGUGCUAGUCAACAGUACCAAUAGGUAUUUAGUGGAGUCCAUCAAUUUAAAUGUCGAAAAAUACUUGUCUUCAGUACUGUUUGCAUCUUUGAAUGAUGUAUGGAGUUUAUCUCCUUCAAAAUUCUCUUUUUUUUUUGCGGAGAAUUUCGUAUAUUUUUUAUAAAAACAUUAAAAUUCUGAAUAUUAAGUUGAUAAAAAUUUCAAGUUAACCAAGGUGAUGCAUUCGUUGGCCACUUGAAGGAAUGUUUUCAACUUUUUUCGAGACGAAGAACGGGAGACUCAGCAGGAGAGAUAUAAUCCAUUUUGGUCAAUGUUUUCUUUUGCUACAUUAGAAUUUAUGUGCAAUGUAUUUUCUUUUAGCGAGUUGAAAUGCCAUUCGCAAUAGAUAUUUGAAAUAGAAUUGUCUCUGAAAUAAUUUCUAAAAAAUUAAUUACUUGUUUGGAGACUAGAUUUUUUUUUUUUGGAAUUUAGUCAGUAACGACGAUUAUUAAAGUAAAUUCGAACUAGAGAAUUGUACUAGAAGUAUUUAUGAAGUUUGCAACAUUAUUAUUUUUUCCUUUUCCUGUAAAAAUAUCUUUGAUAUAAUUUCUUUUUAUGUAAUGAAAAUGAUUUAGCGUAACCGAAACGGUGAUUUAUAAAUUCACUAUGAAUAUUGUAGUGGAAAGAUUUUAAACAAAGUUCCACAACACGCAUCGCGAUAUAUGAAUUUCGAAUGUACGAAUGUAUGAUACGAAAUGAAAAAACCAAAUUUAUUCCGUUUUAUGAUAUCGACGACAGUUGUACCGAUCAAUAUCGAAAGAUACAAAUAAUUGGAAAACACAAUCUUUUGAUUUUUAAUGUUCAUCAAGGUGGAACAAAUAAUAAUCGUUAUAGAAAAAAUAAAUGAUGAAAAAAAAGGGCAAAAAUAUUUUGCUAGUAAACGGAUAUGUUGAUUUGUAUGCAGUUUCGCCGUAGUGAUGACGCACUGCUUGACGAGAGGAUGCAGCUGUGCGUCUACAUGUUAAAUGAGAGAAAUGGCAACUUUCUUUUUCUAUGCAAAAAGUUUAUUUGAUGGUAAGAGUCAAGUGAUUAUAAUAAUGAGAUAUAAGGGACUAGCAGAAUAAUCAGGAUGGUUAGGCAGAAAUAACGAAUGAAGCUAUUGGAAAAUUGAUAAUGAUUGAAUUGGAUUGGAUGGGUAUUAUUCCACGGUGGUUACAUGAUAUCAUUGUAAUAACUCCACUCUGAUUGAAAAAAUGGUUUUCAAAUUUCUUGAAUGUAGAUAAUGGAAUGCUAUAAGAGAAUAACAAUAGCCAAAUCAUUGA